AAACCAUUCAGCUGCUCUGAGUGUGGGAGGAGAUUUGGCUUCAAGACAACUCUUAAAAGACAUAUGAGAACUCACACAGGAGAAAAACCUUUUAGCUGCUCUGAUUGUGGGAGAAGAUUUGGUCGCAUGACGCAUCUAAAGACUCACAUGAUAACUCACACAGGAGAGAAACCUUUUAGCUGCUCUGAGUGUGAUAAGUCUUUCUCUGAUAGUCAUCACCUAAAGAGACACAUGCUGACUCACACAGGCGAAAAGCCUUUUAGCUGCUCAAUCUGUAAGAAAUCGUUUACACAGAGUGGAUAUAUACAAAAACACAUGAGAACUCACACUGGAGAGAAACCUUUUAGCUGCUCGGUGUGUGGUAAAGCUUUGACUGAUAGGGGAACCCUGAAGAACCACAUGAUGACUCACACAGGAGAAAAACCUUUUAGUUGCUCAGUUUGUAAGAAAUCUUUUACACUGAGAGGAGAUUUACGGUCACACAUGAGAACUCACACAGGAGAAAAACCUUUCAGUUGCUCAGUUUGUAAGAAAUCUUUUAAACAGAGCGGAUAUUUACGGUCACACAUGGUAGUCCACACAGGAGAGAAAAGAUUCAGCUGCAGUGUUUGUAACAAAAGAUUUGCCUGGCAUUCCCAUGUCAAGAGACAUAAAUGUGUUGGUCAGAUGGAAACAGAAGCUGAUGUAGAGGACUGUGGAGGACCAGAACCAACCAGGACCUCACAUCCACUUUUACAAUCAGAGACUGGAGACCAGACUGGAGACUCUUCUGAACCUGAGACUGGUGACAUGGAAUAAUGUUUGUGCCUUUAGGUCCAAGUAAAACUUUUCAA